CAGCGAACGGCAAUAGCGAAUAACGAGUAACGGAGGCAGGCAGCAAAAAAACGAAAACUGAAAAAGUCAAACCCACACACACACACACACAGUCAAAAAGCUAUAUCGUUUUUGUUGUUCGUUGGUCUGAAAAAAGUGAAAACUGCGUUUCUUAGCUGAUUGUGCUAAACUUGUCAAAAUCAUGAAGUUCCAAUAUAAGGAAGAACAUGCUUUUGAGAAGCGUCGCGCUGAAGGCGACAAGAUUCGUCGUAAAUAUCCAGAUCGUGUACCCGUGAUUGUAGAGAAGGCACCCAAGGCACGCAUCGGGGAUCUGGACAAGAAGAAGUAUCUGGUGCCAUCGGAUUUGACUGUGGGCCAGUUCUAUUUCCUCAUACGCAAGCGCAUCCAUCUGCGUCCCGAAGAUGCCCUCUUUUUCUUCGUGAACAAUGUCAUUCCACCAACAUCGGCUACCAUGGGCUCCUUGUACCAGGAGCACCACGAGGAGGACUACUUCCUGUACAUAGCCUACUCCGAUGAGAAUGUCUAUGGAAUCUACUAUCAUUAAAGGAGAUGGAGAUGAAAAGAACCCCCUAUACAGAAAUCUAUAUAUAUAUAAAUAAAUAUAUUUUAUGUUUAGCAUGCAGCUUAUAAAAUACGACGCGAGUUAGCUAAACGAAUUGAUAAAAACAAACAAAAACACCACAAAAUGCAACAAGAAGAACUUAAAAAAAAUCUGAACAAGAGGAAAUGAGCAAACCGACAAAAAUGAAGUGUUAUGUGAACCUUGUUUUAUAUAUAUAUAUAUAACUUUUUCUAUACACCUUAGUAUUUUCGAUUAAAACUAUGCUUUUGUCCUACCAUUAACUCUCGGGCCCCCGUUCUGUUCAGCCCCCACUCCCCCAUUUACGUUUCAUAGCUGUACUGGAGGUCCGUGCAAUCGCAUCCGCACACGCACCCGUGCAUACAUACAUUGCUUUAAUCGCUAUUUUCUGUGUAAUUUUUUCUUCAAUUUUCUUUUGUUUUUUUUUUUUGCUUUUAAUUUGUGUAAUAAUGCAGCAAAUGAUGUGCAUAUUUAGUGUGUAUGGUUAUGAAUAGGACUCUCUCGGUUUAAGUCUACGGUAAUUAA